AAAUAAAUAAAAAUGAAAAAAUUGUGCCAAUAGUAUGACGUAUUCCUUAUUGGGCGAGUUCACGAGAACUUUUCAUCCGAUUUUGGGGUCACUUUUGUUUUCGAGCUUUGCGGCGUCCGUCACACGUUAUAUCGGGAGCGCGGAUGCCACGUCUACAGGAAGCGACAUUCUGCUUCGCUAGCCCCUCUGCGGAAGAGAAGAAGCGCCCGGUCGAGUGGUGGUAGCUCGGCACCAGCUCUGCUAGCCGCUAGCCGCCAGCCGCCCGCCUCUCACUUACCAACGACGUCACUGGCAGGACUGCCUUCUAUAGCGGCUUUUCACAGGUUUGAAUGGUUGUUUGUCUGCCCUGCGGUUGGAUUGUGAAGCUGCGACCAGUCCAGGACGUUUUGCCCAAAGUCAGCUGGGAUAGCCUCCAGUACACCUGUGACCCUAUAAGAUGAGCAGUAUAGAAGAUGGAUGGAUGAUUUCAAAACUGGUUAUCCAUCAAUUUGUUGGCAAUCAUGGCAGUUCAGAGAAGACUUGGCCGCCAAAGCCUCCUUGCAGUGUCACUGUUUUUGUGGACUUGGCUGUUGGGCAUGGAUGUGAGGGCUCGGCCGGCCAACAUGUCCGCCCCUAAAGACAAGAGCUUAAUCAACAAGGACGAGAAUGAGAUCCUUCCGCCGGACCACUUGAAUGGCAUGAAGAUAGGCCUGGAUGGUCAACUCAACAAGGACUUCCACCAGGAGGUCUUCUUGGGCAAAGAGAUGGAGGAGUUUGAGGAGGACUCUGAGCCAAGGCGGAACAGAAGGAAGCUUAUUGACAUCUUUUCUAAAGUGGAUUUCAACAAGGAUCACAGUGUGAGCGCCAAGGAGAUGCAGCGCUGGAUUAUGGAGAAGACGGAGGAGCAUUUUCAAGAGGCCAUGAAGGAGAACAAGAAUAGCUUCCAUAGUGUCGAUCCGGAUGGUGACGGUCAUGUAACAUGGGAUGAAUACAGAAUCAAGUUUCUUGCCAGCAAAGGUUUUAAUCAAAAGGAAAUUGCUGAGAAAAUCAAGAAUAACGAAGAUCUUAAACUGGAUGAGGAUACUCAGGAUGUUCUGGAGAGCCUGAAGGACCGCUGGUUUCAAGCUGACAACCCUCCGGCCGACCAGCUCCUCAAUGAGCAGGAGUUCCUGGCCUUCCUGCACCCGGAGCACAGCAGAGGCAUGCUCAAAUAUAUGGUCAAGGAGAUAAUGCGCGACUUGGACCAGGACGGCGACCAGAAGCUGACCUUGUCUGAGUUCAUCUCACUGCCUGUGGGUACUGUGGAGAACCAGGAGGGCCAGGAUAUGGAUGACGAUUGGGUUCGUGAGCGGAGGAAAGAGUUUGAGGACGCCAUCGACUCUGACCACAACGGCAUCGUCACCUUGGAAGAACUGGAGCCAGGGAUUUACUCGGCCCAAAAUUCAGCCUGGGAAUUUAGAUGGGAGAGGCCCCCGGUGCGCAAAACCGAAGACAGAAUUUUUUUUUGUUCCUCCUGCCUUGCAGCGAAGCUCCAAAUACUAACCAAUGAGCGGACAAGCACCACCUCCUCACUGCCACCAUGGGGUCACCCAGUCCUUCAAUAACCCCUCGGCUAGUGACCUUCACCCCUGAUGCCGCUGCUAAUAAUAAUAAUAAUAAUGAUCAUAACAAGAGUUAUGUUCUUAAUGCACAAAGACAAUCCAUGUAAGAAAAUACCAUAAAUCACGCGCACGCACGCACACACACACACACACCGAGUUGGAAGGUUUAACGUUUUCUUAUAUCAAGAGUAAUCACGAUCAUUUGUCCACGUAUCAGAUAAUAGGUAUGUAUCCCUUAAUUGCUUAAAGUGUAAAUCACAAAGUCAGGUCACAGAGACUUGAUCAUUUUCUGUUGGUGAGCAACAGCAAGAAUCAAUGAUGCUUGCAAUACACAAGGACUAUAAAGUAUUUAACAAUUUUGUAUACCAAGUCAUUUGCAUAACAAUUGCAUGGUCUGCUAGUUCUAAUAUUUUGCCGUUUUCCCACUGUGCCCACCUGUAGUCGUGCUGCUGGAUCCUUCCUCCACUAAAAAAAUCUGUCAGCUUUCCACAUUUUGGGUCACAUCUGGUGUAGGGUAGGGGGGCGAAUACGAGCGUUUCUCUGCUGCGUAACAACAAUUGUUGGCCGCACGGCACAACUGCAAGUCACGGAUCAUAAACCCAUGCUGCAAUCUACAGGCUAUAAUCUAUACCGGCACUCCGGUCGGCGCCUGGGACACGCGGCUUGGCGUGCAUUGCGCACGCGACCGAUGCGCUCAUGCACGGCUUUGUUGACAUAAGGCUACCCAAUUAAGUCGUCUUGUAUUUGUUGAAUAGUAAUUACGUUCUGGUCAAAGAUGGCUGUGUGUAUUGUAAAUUAUGUAUCAUCCUAUUUAUAAAACAAAAACAACCAAAACAAACAAAAAAAAAAGCCGCUUGGCCGGGUUGCCCUAGAAUGGACUGGCUGUUUGGGAGUUGUCAGGAAAUUCCCAAUUGCCACCCCGCCCCUCCUUUCAGCUACUUCUUUGCAAGGUUAGCAGGAUCGACAGGAAUUGUGAAUCGAGUUCGGUUCAAGUUGCAGACCUGCCUGCCUUGGCAAAGUAUAUAGUUGUGCUCAUAAACUACAUAUCGUGGCAUAAUUAUUAAGCUGUGUACCACUCUUUUAAGAAAACGUGUUCAAGAAAAACAGAUUUAAAUUUUAUCACGAUUCAAAUAAACUAAUAAAGAUAUUUUGGAACAGCACACUCAGCCACUUUUUUGCUAAGAAGCCUGUAUUUCAGCUGAAUGUGUUUGCGGGUGUUUGCUUGCAUCCCGAACAAUCUUCCUGGCAGUUGUGGCUGAAAUCAGUUAUGAUUCAUUUUGUUUUGUAAUCUGGCGUUUAUGUUAGUGUUGUAAUGACAAGUUGUUACUCUAAAAAGUGUUAUUUCAGUGAAAUAUAUGGCAUGCUGAAGAACAAUUAGUUUUUCAACAGCAUUUAAAAUAAAAUAUUUUCAUUACAAUUGCGAGAUGUAAUGGCAUUAUCGAGUAUUGGUAUUCAGUAUCGGUAAGUAUAAAAAUGUAAGUACUUGUACUAUAUCUGAAAAAAGUGCUAUUAGUGCAUUUCGUCAUGUCAGGUAGUGACAGCCCUACAUGCAUUUAUCGUAAAUGUUAACGUAGUGAUUUUGUCUGUGGAAUAUAGAUUCUUGGUGAAAUACCCAAUGUGCGUCAUAAGUAUUGAGUGUUUAAGGUAAUUCAUCCCCGUUUGUGAUGGAAAGCUGGUCAACUUUUUAUAUAUAUAUAUAUAUAUAUAUAUAUAUAUAUUUACCGAACACUGCCUUAUUCAAGUUGGUAUUACAGCUUAUACUUCUAUCAUAUACUGUUUCACACAGCACUCAAAAAAUGUUCAAUUGCUAAUUUAUUACGUAAAAUGGAAUGAAGAUGGCGGUGGGUGCCAGCCGUCCUCAUCAAAGUCCACGGUCAGGCUGAGCCCACCGACCAAACAAAAAGCCUUUUGUAUGUUGGAAACGACAUACAUUUAUUUGUGGCGGGAUGCCACAAUUAAAUUUUAGCCGUCACAAAUACAUUUUGGCUUCGGUGUGCUCCUUUUGUGUUUCUGCUUAUGAUCCAUACCACCAAUUUUCUUUCUGAUCAAAUACUGAAAAUACAGUCCCUUAAAUGAAGUAUCAAAAGUAUAUUUAAUUUUGAGAAUCGAUCGUCUGGUAUCAGCGUAAUGGCAUCUCGUCACAGCACAAUCGGUGCUGGUUUUGUUGGUAUUUGUGCGUAUUUUCCCUUGGAAACGCCUCUCCAAGUUGGGAAAAGCCUACAUGCAGUUGUCAGAACCAUUUUAGGUUAGGAUUACACCUUAAAAAGACUUACGGAAGCGAACCAAAGCGGGAAGGCGAGUCCCACCCCCGCCCCCACA